AGCGAUUCCGUUGAUCGUCAUGUUUCUGCUGUAAAGACUUGCCAGCUUGCUUGGAAGAUAGGUUGUUUCGUUUCGCUUCAGUUCGUCUUUAGUACAUUCUUUAUUUUUGUCCAUUAUUUUUCCAGAGAAUGAGCGAUAACGAUGAUAUUGAAGUCGAUAGUGAUGAAGAUUCGUCGAGAUACCAUAAUGUGGCAGACAAGCGGGCCCAUCACAACGCGCUGGAGCGCAAACGCAGGGACCACAUCAAAGACAGCUUCCACAGUCUACGGGACUCUGUGCCUGCGCUCCAGGGAGAGAAGUCUGUGCUGGCUCUGUCUCAAGUAAAUGCUGUAAGGUCUGAGACUAUGCACUCUGUGAAACAGGCGUCCCGAGCACAGAUCCUCGACAAGGCGACGGAGUAUAUCCAGUACAUGAGGCGAAAAAACCACACGCACCAGCAGGACAUUGAUGACCUGAAGAGGCAGAACGCCCUGCUGGAGCAGCAAGUGCGAGCGCUGGAGAAGGCGAAGGGUAAUGCCCAGUUCCAGUCAUCCUACUCCUCCAGUGACAGCAGCCUGUACACGAACCGCAAAGGCGGGGCAGUGUCCGCCUUCGACGGGGGUUCCGACUCCAGUUCUGAGUCUGAGGAAGAGGAGCCCCCGAACAGGAAGAAGCUGCGCGCAGAGCCCAGUUAAACCCCCCCCCCUCCCCCCAUUUCCACUCCUGCUCCCACACACUCAUCAAGUCUCCCACACACUCAUCAGUGCGGAGGGACACAACCAGAGACUCUCCUCAAACCCCACCCCACCCCAAACCAACCCAACCCCAACCCCAACCCCACCCCUUUGACAUUGUUUUCCUCCCUCCCCCCACCCCACUUCAGGCUGGGAGAGUGCUUGCUCUCGUGGGCUCCUGAGGUCACCACUGCAGACAUCCUACCCCUCACAGCGCCCCCUUCUGGACCAGAUCAGCAGGUUUUGAACGGGGUCUCUGGUCUGAUCCAGCCAGCUACUGUCUGGGGAACCUUUUUUUCAUUUUGUUUAAUUUUUUUUCUGCUCUAUCUCUCGUGACGUCCCUCCCGUCAUCACAAGUCUGACUCAGAAAACAAGCCACUCCUUGAGUGAGGCAGCUCCGCCGUCUGAACGACUUUUCAAAACGCCUUUCGCAAAACCUCACCGCGCGUCGCCAGGACGACCUCGAAGAAAGUGUGGAGGAAGUGAGGACACGGCUUUAGCUAAGCUUCGUUACCCACCCGCCCCCACCCCCAGCCCCGCCUCACCCCUGCAAGUACGAGGAGCCACCAUUAGCCCAAAAGCAUGGGGGGAGAUCCUCCUGCAGAACAGCUUACCUUUUUAAAUAUUUGUACUUUUCCACUCAAGAGAAAAAAAAGAAUGUGAAUUUUCUUUUGGGAGGGGAUGAUGGUAUGUAUGUGCGUGUGCGUGUAUGUAUGUAUGUAUGUGUGUGUGUUUUACCUGCCUUGACCGGUAUAGUUGGCUUAAGAUUCUCCCCUCUAAAACUGUUUUGUUGCAAUGCGUAUCUUUUAAGUCUUCUUGAAAUGAGUUUGUGUCCUGGUAGUCAAACUGUUGUUGUUUGCCUGAGAUUAUCAAUUAGAAUUAGAUGAAAACGAGGCUUUUGUGAAGUAUUUCUUUUUCCUAAAUUGGAUUAGGCACAAAACACAAAAACAAAAAAAACAAAAAAACAAUUAGGGAUUUUGGGUUGAUGUGCACUCGCCAGUGAGCUGUGAAGACUUAAGAAGAUCUGGAAUAGACAUGGUACCGGCUGGUAGGUUCUGGAGCUGGAUCGGAGCGGGUUUGUUCCAGAACCUCUAGGGGUCUGGACCCCCCUCAUAGUAUCAGUGUAGUUUGAGGAUGUAAAGUAUAAAUACGAGUGUCUGUUGUUUUCCUUCCCAGAUGGAUAUUGAAUGUUACACAAAGCAGUUAAAGGUAUUAACCUUUUUAUUUUUAUUACAACAAAAGUCCAUAUCAAUGUGUAGUGAAAUACACUGUAUACUCCUCCAUGUUAUCUAUAAUACCAACCGAACUUUCCCAGGAAAUACUUGCCUGUCUGGGGAAUGUUUGACUUAUUUUUAUUUUUUUUUUUCAUUUAAAAAGAAAUAAUUAGUGUGUACGAAAUACUAGGUAAUUGUUUGAUUCCAUUCCAUGGAAAAUACAGGUAUGUUGUACAUACUGCCAACAAUUGUCUUGCAAGUUGAGGCAUACCUUUACUACGAAACUAUAAAUAAAACUAUUUUAUCCUUU